GCAGAGCAGAGCCGAGCAUAUUUCUUUAGAGCAGAACAAAUUUAAUUUGAGCAGAGCAGAACAGAACAGAGCAGAGUAAAGCAGAGUCGAGCCGCUCUAAAGAACGAGGCCUAAUUGUGCUUAAAAAAAAGCUGUUUUCAAAACGCUGAUAACCAAACACGGCCGAAAUCAAUACGCAUGCGGCACUUCUCUCUCCCGAAAAAAAAAAAUUACUUGUAAUAUUAAUCUUAUAAAAAAAAAUAAAAAAUACUUAAAGCAGAAGGCACAGUUUAUCUCAAUUUCUAUCCAUUUCACGUUUCUUCGUUCACCGUCGCAAUUCAUUUGCUGCCACCGUUACAUCUCCUCUCAGUUUGAGGGCUUGACUUAGCAGAGUCAGCUUAUAUAGUUAUCAGGUGAUAAGGAGGAUUAUGUGGGCAUAAGCCAGAAUUUGGAAAUUACUAUGGAAGCUGCACUCUACUGCACGCCUCUUAGAUCCUCCUUAUUCUCUUCUUCGUCACCUUCAUUCUUUCCUUGUCCACUUAUCCAAAAGAAAGUAAAACGCCUGCCUUAUGUGUCUCAAAUUCUUGGCAAUGUUGACAGCUCUGCUCUGGCGAAGACCCCCUCAAAAUCUGUAACCCGUCGUCUGAUUCUAUUGCGUCAUGCGGAGAGCUCAUGGAAUGAUCAUUCUUUACGGGAUCAUGAUCGUCCACUGAGUAAAGCUGGUCGUGCUGAUGCUGCUGACGUCUCAUACAGACUUCAACUCUUAGGUUGGGUCCCUGAGCUGAUCUUAUGCAGUGAUGCAACGAGGACAAGAGAGACACUCUUGGUUAUGCAAGAGCAAGUCAGGGGGUUCUUACAGGCUGCUGUACAUUUCAUUCCUAGUUUUUACUCGAUUGCUGCUAUGGAUAGGCAGACUGCGGAACACCUUCAAAAGAUGAUUUGCAAAUUCUCUUCAGAUGACAUUUUUACGGUUAUGUGUAUGGGACAUAACAAAGGAUGGGAGGAAGCAGCCUCCACAUUCACUGGUUCAGUAAUUGAAUUGGAUACGUGCAAUGCUGCUUUGCUUGAAGCCACUGGGAAAUCCUGGGAAGAGGCUUUUGAGUCAUCUGGACUUGGAGGAUGGAAGCUAAAAGGCCUUGUUAAGCCAAACAGCAACCCUGAGAACUAUGUUCCUACGUGAAACCAUUCUAAAAACGAAAAAAGUGUUCAGUAGCAACCAAUAUGCAACUCUUGUUGCCUGGUGUAACUCCUAAGUCGAACCAGCGUCGUUGGGGCUGAACAGACAAAACUUACAAGGAUAGGCGGCCAUAUUGUCAACUGUUCAGGUCCAAUCACUUCUUUCAGCCGCAAAUAUGAAGCUUGAUACAAACCUACAAUGUACUGCAUACUUUAUUGUGAAAAAAAAAAAAAUUUGUGUAUAGCGAUCUCAUUAAUCAUAGAUUCAUAGAAACGGUUUAGCGGGUGACACUUUUUAUAUUUGUGCUAUCUAUAGCAUUUUUUGCAUGUUAAAUCACGUCUUAAAAAUUUCAUGUAGCCUUUGAAUAAUUGUAAAAUAAAUUGAUCUCUUUGUCCAUUACCUCGAAGAAGAGUUGCCAAUGUAAAGAAUCUGUGAAUGCAAGCGACCAAAUAUUGAGAAGUGAUGUUCAUUGAAAGACUAAAUAAACGUGCUUAGCUUUCAAA